AAACAUUGUUUUUAAUUAUUAGCUAAACUGUAUUUAAAUUAUUCAACCAGUGUGGGUGCUUAAAGACUGUUGGGAAAAAAGUUUAUAUAUAUAAUUUUAUAUAUAUAAUAAUUAUGUGUAAUGUACCGCCUAAAUUUAAUCGAGUUUGUCGUUUGUGUCUAACUUUGGUAAAUGAUUAUGAAGUUGAAGAACUCCAAAUAUUUGAUAUAUCGACAGUGUCGAGUCAAGCUAAAAAUACCACUAAAGAAACAUAUUUAAAUUAUGAUAGCGAACUACAAUCAAAUCAGAAUGAGUGCAAAUGUAGUUCAUACAAAUGUAAUAAUGUUUUACCAAAAACAACAGAAACGGAACAAGGACUACAUAAUCAGAACUCAGAAUUGCCAAAUGUGCCUUCACUUGCUACAAUCCACUUGCAGCAACAUUCUGCGGGUUGUAGUAUUAUACAAAAUAAUUUGGCUAAAUAUCCUGCAACUUCGGCAGACAAACAAACCAGCACGUUAUUUCGAAUGAUUGAUAACGCAUGCAGUCCCAAUAAAAGCAGUGAUCAAAGAUGUAAUGGUGAGGUUUGUAAUGAAUCAUCUCCACAUAUCACAAUUCAAAUUCUCAGAUGCCUCUCAAUAAAGGUACAACAAAAUGAUGGAUUACCAACAAUUGUUUGUUGUGACUGUCGAGCUCAACUUAAGGCCUUUUGGAAAUUUCGGUCAAUGGCACAAAGAACUAAUAAUAAAUUAAAGGAAUUCUUAAAGCAUAUUGAUAGUUCACAAGAGCAUUCUGAAACAUCUACAGAGAUAUAUAAUAAUAUAUUGGCUCCAAAUGAAUGUAAAAAGUCAUCAUCCGAAAGAAUUGCUGCAAAAGCGUUAACAGAAUUAAGUAAAUCUAAGCAAAUAAAAAUCGAAAAUACUGCCAUUCAUGAAAUUCGAACUAUUAAAGACGAAAUAGAAAUGAAUUCUGAUGUUGAUUUAAAUGAAGAACACAAAUCAUUACAAUUUAAUGAACAAAUAGAACAGCAAGAAUGUUUUGAACGUGAUAUAUGCAAAAAUCAAGAAGAGUCUCCUCCAAUGAUUGGGAGUCAACCAUCUGAAAACCUUACAAAUAUUGAACAACUUCAAAAUCUACAACAACAGUUAGAAACAGCUGCGGUGCUAAUGGAUAUAAGUAAAAAAGCUGUUAUAUCGCCACCAUGUUCGAAUCCUCAAUCUCCAAGUAUCUCCUUUCUUAGGGACGAAAGUAUUAAAAGUUCUGUGAUAAAAUAUAAACGUCCGUCAGACGAAAGAAAACUUAUAGAUAUUGCAGAAAUAGACUUAUCUUUAAAAAAACCAAGAAUGGCUACUCCACAAAAACAAAAUGAAACAAUACGUGCUUGUACUUUUUAUCCAUCCACAAUACUCGAAACAAAAUCAAACUCCUUAAAUAUAGAUUUAGAACAAAAAAAAUGCAGUAUUAACACAAUACCCUACAAAUCCCAAACUACGGAUAUGGAAGAAAAGAAUACUGUUUUUUUCGACUCAGAAGAAAGUUCAGAUUCCCAUCGUUUAGAAAUGGAUAUAUCGGUAUCGAAUGAACGUCGAAGUUCUGAAAGCUUUACAUCUGAAGAGCAAGGAACGGAUGCUGCAACCACUCAACUCUGGCAGGUCCUUGCACGCUCCGCUGCUAAAAACACCGAUGAUAACCCUACUACAAAAUUUUUACAUCAUAUGAUAAAUCAGUCGCUGACGUUUCCAGUUUCGUCAACAGCAAUUAUUUCAAAGGACAGUGAACCUGAGGAACCAAUACCAUUAGUAAAGAAUCAUAACACCAGCAUUUCAUCAAAUUUUAAAUCAUGCCGCAGGAAACAGAUAUGUCCUUUAAAAACCGAUUCUUGCAAAAUUACACCUGCAAGUUCUUUGACCAGUAUUAAUGUUGUUGAGAAUGUUAACUCACUAACUGAUCCUAUGGAUCCGAUGCACGAUAUUAAGAACGUUAAGCAUCCGAAUAACUUAUCGAGCAAUACUCAAAAAGACAUGUGCUGUUCAAACUGUGGAACACUUACCACAACUAUAUGGCGAAGAAGUGUGCGAGGAGAAAUGGUUUGUAAUGCCUGUGGCUUGUACUUUAAACUACAUGGUGUCAAUAGGCCACAUUCUAUGAGACGGGAUACAAUUCAUACACGACGCAGGCGUCCGAAAGAAUACGAAAAGGCAGCAAAGAAAAAAAACAAACAUUCACUUACAUCAUUAUUAGUCAAUGAUCCACAAUCGGAAGAAAAACAUGUGACUAGUGAUAUUAAAUAUCAGGAAAUUAUUUUGGCAGCUAGUAAUUCAAACAACACUCCAUUCGCUUUUUCCAAAACCAAAGGAUUUGCCGAUGAAGAACGAUGCGGAAUGAUAAGACAAGUAUUUUCUAAAAAUAAAAAAGCCAAAACUGAAUGUCAUAUAAAUAAAGAAAAAAAAGUAGAUGAAGGCAAUGAUUUCUUAAUACCUCUUAAUCUUGUUUCCAGUGAAAGUAAUACAAAGUUAACACAUACGCCAAAAAAUAUAUAAAAAUAAUGUUGUUGAGUGUAAAACUACAGCGCGUUAAAUUGCUCAUAAUGUGAAACAUAUAUUUUUAAAUAAUCUAGAGAAAGAAUGGGUUUCUGAAAUAAUUUGUUGGACUGUUUAUAUUACACAAUCCCGAAUAUACAUAUA